AUGCACGGCAUAGCCAAGAGCGUCCGCCGCCGGAAAGGAUUCCAGCUCUCUGAUCCUGACCGGCAAAUAACGGAACGUGCUGUGACGGACUGGCCAACUUCUGAGACAAAAUUCUUUAUUCUCCAUAUCGAAACAACAGUUAUUGUUUCUGCUAUUAUUUUCAUCAUUUCACAGUCAUCUUUUUCACAAUCUUUGCCGCGGGUUCCACCCAAAUUCGAAAACAAACCGUUGCUGCUGGAUUCCUACAUUCCCGCCGCUAUGCAGCUCUUGGCCUACUUGACGGAACUCAUGAAAUAUGAUCUGAGACCUUCACCAACAACUCCCUCUUAUGGCCGCCCUACGACCACUUCGACGAUAAGGCCCACACCGUCCCACAGGCCCGCGAUAUACGCUCCAGUCAAACCUCCAGGUCCAGAGGCUUACUUCGAUUCACUGAGGAGAGGAAUCACAUACAGAGACUAUGUGGAAAGUCUCAAACACCCCAGUGGACUCAACUACUUCGACAGAUACUAUGAAUUCAAUUUCAACGGAGAGAACAAGCCAUCCUCACAAUACGUGGCAGGUAGUAUUAAUCACAGCGCUGGUGAUGAUGAAGUGCCUGAAGACAUUGAACUUUACUUCGGGAAAAAUUAUUUACAAUUAUUGGAACUCGUUAAAACAAUUGAGCCUGACGUAGUAUCUAAUGAUUUAGAUGAUCAAGCACAAGAGUUUUUGAAGAAAUAUGACGAUUCCAACUUCAGGGUCGAAUUGUUGAGACAGAAGCAGAUUCCUCCAACGAAAGCUUAUGUGACGCUUUUGUCUCUAUAUGAUCUUCUGAGUAAAGAAUCAAAGAGGCUAGGAAUGAGUAAAUAUAGUGGAUAUACUGACAGAAUAUUGAAGGAAUUGUCGGAUUCUUCUACAAGCACCUCCGCAUACCAACUGAGGGUGGUCAUGAACAAAGUGAUAGAGAGAGACGAUACUAAAAAACCUGAUAUUGUUAAAAAAAUCAAAGAAAUCGUCAAUGACUUAGAUGAAUCUAACAGUUAUAUAAAUUUAGCGUUAAGAUAUAUACCCCCUCUAUCAUUUGCAUUGUAGUGAUUAAUUGAGGUGGCGAAAUUGAUGUGAACGUUACUUAGUAAAGAAAACUGUGAAUAAAGUUUCAUUUGGUC